AUGAGGAUGGAGUCUCGGUUUGGAGGCUGGUAUUCCAGCCGCUGCUGUUUUUGCUGUCAUGUCCGCACCGGGACAAUCAUUCUGGGAACAUGGUACAUGCUGAUCAAUGGUGUGGUGCUGCUGAUUUUGUUGUCUGCCCUCAGUGACCCAGAACGGUACUACCUGACCCAUACUGAACUCGGCACUGACUUUGACCUCACCGAUGAUGCCAAUAUCUGCAUUGCUACUGCCGUUUCUCUCCUUAUGAUAACGAUCUGUGGAAUGGCCACUUAUGGCGCAUAUAAGCAACUCAGUGCAUGGAUUGUCCCAUUCUUCUGUUACCAGAUCUUUGACUUUGCCCUCAAUACUCUUGUAGCCAUCAGUGUGGUCAUCUAUCCAAACUCUAUUCAAGACUACCUGCGACAACUGCCUGCUAAUAUCCCCUACAAGGAGCACCUUAUGUCAAUGAACCCAACGUGUCUGGUGUUUGUUGUUCUUUCCUUCAUUGGCAUCAUUCUGGCCUUUAAGGCCUACCUAAUUGGUUGUGUCUGGAACUGCUACAGAUACAUCAAUGGCAGACGCUCGGCAGAUGUUUUAGUCUACGUCACCAAUGACACUGCGAUCCUUUUGCCACCCAGUGAUGAAGCUGUAACGAUGCCUACCAAAGGUCCACCUCCACCUUAUAUGUCAGCUUAG